UUCACAUGCCACUAUUGACAUAAGCAAAUACACAUUAAUACUGCGAAUAGAAUUCAUAAAAUUUGUUGUUUCUAUUACAUCUUCAUUGCAAGACGUCGCAGUCAUAGUCACAUCCAAAAUGAUCGGCCGAAGCACUACUCUGAUAAUGAGAAGUCCUUUUUAUCUUAAGCCAUCUUUUUAUUUUAGAAACUUGUCAGUUUCUGCGUCGAAGAAUGAUAUCAUAAAAAUCCAAAGUACAGAUGACUUUAAGGAUAAAGUUAUUAACAGCAAGGUUCCCGUUGUGGUAGACUUCUUUGCUACUUGGUGUAAUCCAUGCAGACUUCUUACACCGAGAUUGGAGUCUAUAAUCUCCGAGAACAAAGGAAAAGUAAUCUUGGCUAAAGUUGAUAUUGAUGAACAAUCUGAUUUAGCUCUCGAUUAUGAAGUCAGCUCAGUACCAGUUUUAGUAGCUAUCAAGAAUGGAAAGGUUCAACAACGAAUGGUGGGACUGCAGGAUACUGACAAGCUAAGGAAAUGGAUUGAACAAUUUGCAUCUGAAGAUUCCGAAGUUAAAAUUAAAGCUUAGACAUUGUUGAUAUUUGUGUGAUGUAAAUUAUUGUUAUUGUUACCAAUGAUGCAAUAUAGUUGCAAUAAAUUUUAGAAAUCAAACAAA